AUGCUGGAGGACGGGGACCUGCUGCACAUCGACGCGGGCGGCCGCGCCUGCGUCUUCAACCAGCUCUCCGCCACCGCCAACACCCUGGCGCGCUCCAGCCUGGCUGACUUUGAGGUCAAGCGCGUGGGCCGCAAGAUCGAGGCGGAGAUCGAGUCGGUCAUGAAGGGCGGUUACGACCACUACAUGCAGAAGGAGAUCCACGAGCAGCCCAAGUCCCUGACAGACACCAUGAGGGGCCGCCUCGUCAUCAACAAGCCCUUGAAGCCCGUGGUGUCCAGCGCCGCCGACAUCAUCUUCAGCGGGAACUUCAUCACCCCCUCCUCCGCCAGCAACAUCCUCUACCCCGCCGACGACGACAUCCUGGGCGGCGCGCAGGGCGGCUUCGACCUCCCCCGCCGCGCCGGCGGCCGCCCCGCGCCCGGCGCCAAGGACGCGUCUCCGGCCGGCGCGCUGUUCAGCGGCGCGCUGCUCGGCGCGGGGCAGGCGCUGACGCCGGCGUCGCCCAAGGGGUCGGAGGGGGCCCCGGGAUACCUGGAGGAGGGCAUCCCCGCGGCCGGGGCCAGCGAGCCGUUCAUCCGGCUGGGGGGGCUGUCCGACCACGUGGAGGGCAUCCUGCGCUGCCGCCGCAUCGUGUUCAUCGCGUGCGGCACGAGCUACCACGCGUGCCUCGCGGCGCGCAAAACGCUGGAGGAGUUUGCGGCGAUGCCCGUGGUUGUUGAGCUGGCGGGCGACUUCAUGGGGGUGGCGGGAUCCUUCACUUGA